UGGGAAAAUUUUAUUAUAGUAUCUUUGAAAAAAGCCUCACUUCUCAAACACAUAGAGAACUUAACCUAAUUUAUAGGAAUAUAAGUCAUUCCCCAGUUGAUAAAUGACCAAAAGAUGUGAACAGGCAGUUUUCAGAAGAAGAAAUCAAAAUUCUCUAUAGUCAUAAGAAAAAAAUUAUCCACAACAUUAUUGAUUAGAUAAAAAGCAAAGUCACAUAACCUCCAAGGUCUUUGACAAUUCUAAAUUCUUUACUCUUAUCAUUAAUGAAGCAAAAUGCAUAUCCUCAGACCUUGUCAUUAUAAUGACUUUCCUAGAAAGGCGCUUCUGUACUGUAGCCUCUGAUGGGAACAGGGGAAACAGAGAGUCCAAAACAUAGUUUUGCUCUUAUGUUUUUUUUUCUUUAGAUGAAGAGACUCAGCUGGAGACGCCCCAGGCAGUCUGGUCUCCAGAGUUGUUCAUGGAACAAGAUUUCUCUGCGGAGACUGGAGUAGGUCUUAUUAGUAUCUAAAAAUAAGGAUGUUCUGGAGUUUGACCGAAAAGCCCGUGAAACUAUAAAUUAACCAUUCAUCUUGCAUCUUUGUCCUUGUCUUGGACAAGGGCCUGACUCAUGUCCCGUUGCAUUUUCUCAGGUCUGUCAGGAAGACCAGAACCUGAGCAUCUAUAGAAAGACUGGUCAUUUCUGACACUGGGCAGUUGCUCAUCAGUCUAUGAAUUAAGAAAGCUGACAUUGAUUUAGUCUAAGUGACUCCUUUGUUUCUCUAGGCUUGGAAAUCUGGUCAAUUUUCAGUGAGAUGUUACACCAUGUUAAGAAAAGUAUUUCUAGACUGCUUUCUUCCUUUCUCAUAUCUCUACUGCUGCACCUUCCAGGUUCUGGGCACAGAAAAGAGAAACUCCCCUGCUUCCACCAGAUUAAUCCCAUUGUUUCCCAAGAUAGGGACCUGAUGAUUGUAAUCUUUUUAUCUUUGUUCUCAGCUGAAGUGACCAUGGUAAAAGGAGCAGAACUGUUUGAAACUUCUCCUCACAAAGCUUGUAAGCCUUAUCAGUGGCUGCAAAAAUAUUACCAGCAGGUUUUAGCUGUAGUGUUUGCUAUAGAUGAGAUUAAUAAGGAUCCUAGUCUGCUGCCCAAUAUUUCCCUGGGAUUCUACCUCUACAAUACCUACCACAGUGAUGAGAGAACAUUGGAGAGCUCCCUGAAGUGGCUGUCUGGACAUGACCAGCUCAUCCCUAACUACAGUUGCAGGGAAAUGGACAAGUCUGUGGCUGUUAUUGGAGGAGUCACAUCAGCUCUCUCUGUCCAGAUGGGAACUCUGCUCAACCUCUACAAGUUCCCACAGAUCAGCUAUGGUCCAUUUGAUUCUGCUCUUAGUGAUAAGGUCCAGUUUCCUUUUAUAUAUCAGAUGGCUCCUAAAGACUCUUCUCUUCACCAAGGUUUGGUUCACUUAAUGAUGUAUUUUUCAUGGAACUGGAUAGGAAUAGUUGUCUCAAAUGAUAUGAGAGGUGAGGAAUUUCUCUGGAAAAUGAGAGGAGAAAUGGUAAAAAAUGGUAUUUGUGUGUCCUUCAUAGAGAAGGUCCCUGUCAGUGAGAGAAGACAUAUGGAAUCACAGGAAAACUUCAUGUCCAGAAUCAUGGCAUCAUCAACCAAGGUGGUUGUCAUCCAUGGUGACACAGAUUCAUUAAUGAUUCUGAGAUACUCACAAAUUCCUGCUUUGUGGUCAUGGAAGGUGUGGAUUGUCACAUCUCACUGGGACAUUACCAUGAGGCCCAUAAUUCAUUAUGGUCAUUACUUCCAUGGGGCUCUCACAUUUUCAUACCUGACAAGUGAAAUUCCUGGAUUCAAGACUUUUCUGAGGACAGUUAGACCUUCUAAAUACCCAGAUGACAUUUUACUUAGGGAAUUCUGGCUCUCAGCUUUUAGGUGCUCAGAUCAAUCAGAAAACACAGAGCAAGAGAUAUGCUCACCAAAUGCUUCCUUGGAGACUUUGCCUCUGUACUCUUUUGAUAUGACCAUGUCUGGCUUGAGUUAUACCAUCUACAAUGCUGUGUAUGCUGUGGCUUGGGCUCUCCAUGAAAUAUUUAUGGAAAAAUCAGAGAAAAGAUCAGUGGAAGAUAAAGAAUAUUUAGUACUUUACUCAUGGCAGCUGCAUUCCUUCCUGAAGAACAUACAAUUCAACAACAGCGCUGGUGACCAGGUGUUUGUGGACGAGAAUAGAAGCUCUGAGGCUCAAUAUGCCAUCAUGAACUAUGUGAUGCUUCCUAAUAACACUGAGUUUCUGAUGAAAGUGGGGCAGUUUAUCCCCAAGACUGUACUUGGUCAAGAUUUCACAAUUUGUGACAAGGCCAUAACAUGGGCCUGGGGAGCUUCAAAGGUUUCCUAUGGAGUAUGCAGUGAGAGUUGUGGUCCUGGAUUCAGAAAGAUCCCUUUGGAGGGAGAGACUGUCUGUUGCUUUUACUGUUCCCCAUGCCCAGAAGGGGAGAUUUCCAGUCACAAAGAUGCAGAGCAUUGCAAGAAGUGCCCAGAGAAUGAAUAUCCCACUAAACAGAGAGACCGCUGCCUCUCCAAGGUGGUGACCUUCCUGGAUGUGAAAGAACCUUUGGGGAUGACUUUGAUCUUUAUGGCUGUUUCCUUCUCUUUCCUGACAGCUCUGGUUCUGUGGGUCUUUGUGAAGUUCCGAGAUACUCCCAUAGUCAAAGCCAAUAACCGGUCUCUCAGCUAUACUCUCCUCAUCUCCUUGAUCUUCUGUUUCCUCUGCUCCUUGCUCUUCAUAGGCCAUCCUACCACUGCCACCUGUCUCCUCCAACAAACAGUAUUUGGAGUGGUAUUUACAGUGGCUGUUUCCUGCAUUUUAGCCAAAACCUUAAUGGUGGUUGUUGCUUUCAGGGGUAUAAGGCCAGGGAGCAGGAUCCAGAUGUUUAUACAUCCUAGAAUGGCUAGAUAUGUUGUUCUCAUGUGUUCAGGGAUUCAAGUGAUUUUAUGUGGCAUCUGGUUGGGAACCUACCCCCCCUUUCCAGAGGCAGACACACACUCUGAAUACGGCCACAUAAUCAUUCGAUGUAAUGAAGGCUCUGCCUUUGUAUUUUACUGUGUCCUGGGUUACAUGGGCUUUCUGGCCCUGGGAAGCUUUACAGUAGCUUUCCUGGCCAGGAACCUGCCUGAUACCUUCAAUGAAGCCAAGUUCAUCACUUUCAGCAUGCUAGUGUUUUGUAGUGUUUGGGCCACUUUUCUUCCAACAUAUCAGAGCACCAAAGGGAAGGCCAUGGUGAUAGUGGAGAUCUUCUCCAUCAUGGCCUCUAGUACUGGGCUGUUGGGCUGUAUUUUUCUACCUAAAUGUUAUGUGAUCCUCCUGAAGCCAAACAGAAAUACCCAGGAACAAAUUAAGAAUAAACAGGAUUCCAGAGCCAAAUUUUUUUCCUGAGCAUGGCCUUAAGCUUCCAGUUCUGGAAAUAAUAGGCUUGAAGAAUAACCCACAUUAAUCUGGAAUAUCAUAUUUUUCAGUUUUGGUGAUGUUUGAACCCUAAUUAGUAUCUAUGUGGUACUUUCUCUGGCUACUUUAUCAAAUUUGGCUCACAUAGAUAGUCUGGGUUUCUAAUCCUUUAACUACUACUGUUUUAAGUAUAUUGCUACUAGUUUAAUCCAAUGCAGUGAAUUAAAUCAUUGCUAGAGAUUGAUUAAUUGGUGUUGCAUGCCAGCAUGAGAAGCAAAGUUGCUGAAAACUUGGGUGAAUGGUGAUCCCAAUAUUCUGUCUUUCAUCUUAGAUUCCAGUUAAAAUUCUAGGAAGCAGUGACAUAUAGAGGAGGUACUAUCUUAAUCAUGUUCCUAUCCCCAGCCUCUUCUCCUAGAAACUUUAGGGAAUUUCUCAUGGGUAAUAUUUGGGAUUUUCUCUUGCUUGAGCAAAUACAUACAUUCUAUUCUCAGUUGGAGAGAUAAUUUAUUCUGUGAUUGAUAUAAAAGCUUAUUUGUAUACUGUAAAUGGGGGAAAGUAGUUAUUUAUUGAAAAUGUUGGACUGGAUUAUAUUUAAAAUAGGGUUUUAGAUUAAAUCUAAAAAUGGGCAGGGGAGUUAAUUUAAUUUUCACAAUCAGGGGAGAGUUAAAUUUAAUCUUCAUAUUGCCUUCUCUUAUUUCUGCUUGCUAUUAUUGGCUUGGAAAAUGUGUCUAUUUGGUAUAUGUUUUCAUUGUAGAAGUGGAAUUUGGUAUUAAAGGAUUAAGAUUUGAAUUUCUAGUAUAAUGUACUCCUAAAUCCUUCCUCCACAAGAGGUAGUAUUCAGGAGUAUAUUUUGAAACUAAAAUGGUAUCUCCCAAACUAUUAUUAUAUAUGGGGGAAAUGUUAUAAUGUUUUUGUUUACCUGUA